CGGGCUGGGCCGUGCUCGGUGUUGCAGCGGCGGCCCCUCCGCUGCGGGCCGGGUACGGGUACGGGUACGGGUACGGGUGCGCGGCCUCYGCCCGCCCGAGGGGCCGCCCUCAGGUUGUGCGGGACGCGGGUGCCUCAGGAGGGCAUCAACAAGCCCGUCCUAGAGCGCAUCAUCCGCGUGGACCAUGCCGGCGAGUUCGGGGCCAACCGCAUCUACGCGGGGCAGAUGGCCGUGCUGGGCAGAUCGAGUGUGGGACCCGUCAUCCAGCAAAUGUGGAAUCAAGAAAAAGACCACCUGAAGAAGUUCAGUGAACUUAUGGUUGCAUAUAGAGUUCGACCAACUGUUUUAUUGCCUUUCUGGAAUGUAGCUGGYUUUGUUUUAGGGGCUGGAAGUGCUUUACUKGGAAAGAAGGGUGCAAUGGCUUGCACAGUGGCUGUGGAAGAGAGUAUAUCGGAGCACUACAACAACCAGAUCCGAACUCUAGUGGAAGAAGAUCCAGAAAUUUACAAAGAGCUAUUGCAGGUAAUAAAGCAAUUCCGGGAUGAUGAGCGGGAGCACCACGACAUUGGGAUUGAGCACGAUGCAGAAGCUACACCAGCUUAUUCUGUUUUGAAGACAGCCAUACAACUUGGAUGCAAAGCUGCAAUAUUUUUAUCAGAACGAAUUUAGUUGUAUUUUCCAUAAUA